AUGCUUGCUUCUCGCAUUUCUCGCGCGCUCCCGCGCACUGCUUUCGCUCGCGCUCCUUCCUCCAGAGUCCCCGGCGCUGCUUUCCGCCGAUGGAACUCCACAGAGGGUGGCGAGGAGAAGGUGAAGGGCCAGGUCAUUGGUAUCGAUCUGGGUACCACCAACUCCGCUGUUGCCAUCAUGGAGGGCAAGAUUCCUAAGAUUAUCGAGAACGCUGAGGGUGCCCGUACAACCCCCUCCGUCGUUGGUUUCGCUCAGGAUGGUGAGCGUUUGGUCGGUGUUGCCGCCAAGCGUCAGGCCGUUGUCAACCCCGAGAACACUCUCUUUGCUACUAAGCGUCUUAUCGGUCGCAAGUACACCGAUGUCGAGGUUCAGCGUGAUAUUAAGGAGGUUCCCUACAAGAUCGUCCAGCACACCAACGGUGAUGCUUGGGUUUCAGCUCUUGGUAAAAAUUAUUCUCCCUCGCAGAUUGGUGGAUUCGUUCUCAACAAGAUGAAAGACACCGCCGAGGCCUACCUGGGCAAGCCAGUUAAGAAUGCUGUCGUUACCGUGCCCGCAUACUUCAACGACUCUCAACGUCAGGCUACCAAGGAUGCCGGUCAGAUUGCCGGUCUGAACGUUCUCCGUGUUGUUAACGAGCCCACUGCUGCCGCUCUUGCCUAUGGUCUCGAGAAGGAGGCUGACCGUGUUGUCGCUGUCUACGAUCUGGGUGGUGGUACUUUCGAUAUCUCCGUGCUGGAGAUUCAGAAGGGUGUGUUCGAGGUUAAGUCCACCAACGGUGACACCCACCUUGGUGGUGAGGACUUCGACAUCCACCUUGUUCGCCAUAUUCUCGAGAACUUCAAGAAGGAGUCUAACGUAGACCUCUCUGGCGACAGAAUCGCCAUCCAGCGUAUUCGUGAGGCUGCCGAGAAGGCCAAGAUUGAGCUUUCUUCUUCCCUGCAGACUGAGAUCUCCCUGCCCUUCAUCAGUGCCGGCGCUGCUGGUGCCCUCCACAUCAACCAGAAGAUGAGCCGUGCUCAGCUCGAGGCUCUUGUUGACCCUCUUAUCUCCAAGACUGUUGCCCCUGUGAAGAAGGCCCUUGCCGACGCCGGUCUCAAGGCCAGCGAGAUCCAGGAUGUCAUCCUUGUUGGUGGUAUGACUCGUAUGCCCAAGGUUACCGAGUCUGUCAAGUCCAUCUUCGGUCGUGACCCUGCCAAGUCCGUCAACCCAGACGAGGCUGUCGCUAUGGGUGCCUCAAUUCAAGGUGCCGUUCUCUCCGGUGAAGUCACUGACGUUCUGCUGCUUGAUGUCACUCCUCUGUCUCUGGGUAUUGAGACCCUGGGCGGUGUCUUCACCCGUUUGAUCUCCCGCAACACUACCAUCCCCACCAAGAAGUCCCAGACUUUCUCCACCGCCGCUGACAUGCAGACCGCUGUCGAGAUCAAGGUUUUCCAGGGAGAGCGUGAACUUGUCAAGGACAACAAGAUGCUAGGAAACUUCCAGUUGGUCGGAAUUCCACCUGCGAGCCGUGGUACCCCUCAAAUCGAGGUUUCCUUCGACAUUGAUGCCGAUUCCAUUGUCCACGUUCACGCCAAGGACAAGUCUACCAACAAGGACCAGUCCAUCACCAUUGCUUCCGGCUCCGGUCUUUCCGACUCCGAGAUCCAGUCCAUGGUUGAUGAUGCCGAGAAGUACGGUGAGCAGGACAAGGAGCGCAAGCUCGCCAUCGAGGCUGCUAACCGUGCCGACUCUGUCCUGAACGACACCGAGAAGGCCCUGAAGGACUUCGAGGACCGUCUGGACAAGACCGAGGCCGAGGUUAUCAAGGAGAAGAUUGCUACCCUCCGCGAGUUCGUCUCCAAGAACCAGGCCGGCGAGGGCACCGCUACCGCUGAAGAGCUCAAGGAGAAGACCGAUGAGCUCCAGACCGCUUCUCUGUCUCUCUUCGACAAGCUGCACAAGGCCAACAACGAGCAGCAGCAGCAGCAACAGCAGGGUGAGCAGCAGGGUGAGAACAAGCAGUAA